UCGUUGCCAUGCGGGGGACCACUGGUUUGUUGCCACUGCCACUCAAACGAACUUAUAGCGCCACUGACGACUUAAAAAGAGAGGCACAGGAAAACCAACAUAUAUGGUAUAACUUCUUCACAACUUCUGCCGCUUUGCUCCGCCGCCGCCUCCAAUAUACCUUAUUCCCUUCCUACAUCUGCAUACCGCCGACUUCCUUAAUCGAAUUUGUUAUCGCUCCCGCAGAGUUGUAAAUUUGUCAACAAUUCGUACUUGAAUUCUCUACAUGACGCUCUUUGGAACAUCCUAUUCUGUGGAUUUCGGGAAUGAAGUAAUUUUGGGGAAGAUGUGGAGUCGGGGGGUGGUUUUUGGCUGCAGAACCUUUAGAAAUGUGGUGAAGGAGGUUGCUUAUCCAGCAUCGGCUAGAAAAAGUUUUGGCAGAUGCAUCGCUAUAAAGAGGAAAAAUAAGUUCUCGGUAAUGAUGGAUUUUUCUCAGUCGCAUUUGGACUCAGACGCUCCUGCAGCUGCUAUUCCUGUUUCGAAGGAUGAAGAUGAGACCAUGAGGGGAAAGGAUUUUAGAAUUUCGGAGAUAUCAAAAGUGGAGAAUGAUAACGGUGGUAAUGGAAAUUAUAAUAACGGUAAAGGAGGUGGCGGCGGCGGUAGCGGUGGUACUGGCGAUGACAACAAGGGAGACAAAGAAGAAGAGGAAUUUGGUCCAAUUAUGAAAUUUGAUGAGGUGAUGAAAGAGGUGGAAUCAAGAGGGGUAAGUCUUCCUUCAGACAUGUUGGAGGCAGCGAAGAGCGAGGGAAUUCGCAAGCUGCUGCUGCUUAGAUAUUUGGAGAUGCAGGGUUUAGGCUGGCCUCUUGGCUUUUUGAUGAAGUCUUGUGCUAUGAUUCGAAACCGGAUGCUGGCUGAUCCAUCAUUUUUCUUCAAAGUUGGCGUCGAGUUAGUUAUUGAUUCUUGCUGCGCUACUUUUGCGGAAGUUCAAAAGAGAGGCAAAGAUUUCUGGACAGAAUUUGAGCUUUAUCUUGCUGAUAUUUUGGUGGGCGUGGGUGUUAACUUUGCUUUGGUUGCCCUUUUGGCACCUUAUGCUCGUUUUGGGCAACCAUCUGUGUCAAAAGGUUUCCUUGGACGCACUCUUCAUGCUUGUGAAGCACUACCAAGCAGUGUUUUUGAAGCUGAACGACCAGGAUGUAGAUUUUCUGUACAACAAAGAAUUCUUACAUUUUUCUAUAAGGGACUCAUGUAUGGUGCAAUAGGAUUUGGAUGUGGUAUAAUCGGCCAAGGCAUUGCAAAUUUAAUAAUGAUCUCAAAAAGGAGCAUAAAGAAAUCUGAAGAUGAAGUACCAGUUCCACCUCUCUUAAAGAGCGCGGCUCUUUGGGGAGUUUUUCUUGCAGUAUCUUCAAACACUCGUUACCAGAUCAUCAAUGGACUGGAACGCGUAGUGGAAUCAUCAGCAUUAGCAAAGUAUAUUCCAACAGUUGCUUUGGCUUUCACGGUAGGUAUUCGAUUUGGCAAUAACGUGUACGCUGGAAUGCAAUUUAUCGACUGGGCUAGAUGGAGUGGAGUCCAGUAACAUCAUCUAUACGACUUUGAGAUAUCAUUUCUGUCCCCUAGGACUCCACAAAAGUGCUCAUAGCAAAACAAAAGGUCAUCAUCCUCUAAACUUGAGCUUCGACAUUUACUGUAAUAUCUAGACAAGGAAGACGGGUCCUUUUGUUGCAAUAAUAGAUUGAAAAGAUUCAUUUUUGUUAGCUGUAAAAGUUAUAGGCACCCUUUUAUGAUAUACAGAAGAUAUGCCUCAUAAUUCAAUGGA